AUGCUGACAAUGAUUGGACCUGCUGUGGCGAAGAAAUAUGCCUCGCAGGUCGCUUCGCAGCGCUGCUAUGCUGGCCGGCACGGCUACCGCAUCUUCGCGCAGUGGUUGGACGAUUCAAAGCCAGCGGCUCAAACUGCAAAACCCGCGGCCAUCCUUGCUCGCCUACGAGACGAGAGCUGCAGGUGGGUGAUCUAUUUCGACGCCGACGUGUAUCUGGUCAACCACGAGCGCCCGCUUUCCGAGUGGCUCGACGACGCGAGUGAGCUGGUGAUGACCGACCACCACCAGAUCAUGAACAACGGCGCGAUCUUCGUGCGUCGCACGCCACGUAUGCUCGAGUUCCUGCUGCCCCUAUGGAUCAAGCUGACGAUGGCUUACACCUGGUCAUGCACCGAUAAUGGCUCGCUGAUGGAGGUGAUCGCGCGUGGCUACGCUCUCGGCCCUGGAGGGAAUUCGUCGUGCCCGAGGCGCCCCGCGAACGUGGCGUUUCCGUGCUACCAAUCUGUCUUCACCAAGGCCUUCGGGCCUGUGCCCGGGAGAGGAGGAUCUCGAGGCCGAGCCGGUCUCAAGCUGGUUGCGCCAGCGGACGGCUUCAAUAAUCACGGCUGUAUGUCACCUGUGGUAGACUGCUCUUCCCCCGUCGCGCGCAAGUUGAUGGCGAGUAGGUACCAACGCGAGUGGACGCUGGACGACGUCUUCGUGCCGCCCAAGAUCCGCAAGAGACAGGGCCUACCACCUAUGUUUGGGCUACACUCGAAGGCCUCCAAUCCUUUCCCGGACCGUGCCAUGCGCAGUAUCCUGCAGCCGGCGAACGUCACAUGCCGCGUUGCGUUGUGUACCAAAAUCCACCAGUGUGGUGUGUGGGAUUUCGCGCAAUCGCUUGACUCUGAAAAGCUCGCUAUGUACCUUUCUGUAUUCUGA